AUUAUACUUUUUUUUUGCUUAAUUUAUUCAAAUAAAAAGUAUAUCUACUCUUUGUGAGCUAUUUUUCCCCCUUUAUGUGUAUAUUUUGAUAGCCAACUUUGGACAUUACGAUAAACAAAUACGACCCGAUUGCGGAUCAGGAAAGAAAACAAAGAGGAUAACAUACUCUGAUACUCAUUACUUGUAAAGAUUCGAUAGUUUACUUGUGAAUGGAACGGUGAUGUGUUUGUAUUUCAGUGUAAAAUGAAACGAUGAACGCUCGAACACAAAUGCUCGAACUGUCGGUAGAAGGUCGUCAGAUUGAAGAGACAGUCAGUGGUAUAUUUCAUACGUUGUUGCUUCAUCGAACUGUUGGAAAGUUCCAUUACAAACAAGAGGGAACUUAUUCUAUAGGGACGGUUGGGAUACAGGAUGUAGACUGUGACUUUGUAGAUUUUACUUAUGUGAGAGUGGCAUCUCAUGGUUUAGAUCAGACCAUUAAGAAAGACAUUGCUUUAUUCAGGGACACACUACGCAGCACAGAUAAUCCUGGAUCAGGACAAAUUUCCUUGGAGUUCUACCAGAAGAAGAGAGCCCGGUGGCCAUUUCCUGCCGAGUGCAUCCCCUGGGAAGUCUGGACUGUAAAACUGGACAUUUUAACUCUUAAUAAUGAAAAUGAGAGGCAAAUUUGCAGGGAAAAACUAGGAGAAAUGUUAGGAGAGAAGGUCAUGAAUAUUGCAGACCUAAUGAAUCGCCAUGAAUACGUUCCCAAGAUGCCAAACCAAGCAGAACUAGAUUUGGUAUUCGACACAAGUAUCUCAGAUGUACAACCUUACUUAUUCAGGAUAUCCCACCAGACCACCGGUCCAUCUCAGUCCUCUGUUGGAACGACAAUGAGGAAAUUCAUCAAGGAUACAUUGGCUUUAUGAUGCUAUGUCUGGGUCCCCUCAUCAAGGCUCACAGCUAGUGACUUUUAGCAAGACCUAUAUAAGCCAGCUUCUCUUCAACAAGUGUCUUUCACAUGGAAUAUGUGUAUGGAGUGAAUUAUUGUAAUUAUAGAAUUGUGUGAAUGGGAUAUGAGCGAUAUAUAGUUUAUUGUGUGUGUCAUGUGUAUGUCAUAAUUUUGAUUAAAAAGGGAGAUACGUGUGCAAGUUUGCUUUAAAAUUUUCAGAGAUUUUUGUUAUAUGGUUAAUAAACUCAUUUGUUUAUAUU